UAUAAUAAGUUAGAAGUUCUUGUGCCAUUUGUGGUGGUGUGGGUGGGAGUUGUGGGUUAUUUCUUUGCGACGGAGGUGCUCAGCUAGAAACACACCUCCCGUGUGCAGAGAAGCACAGUCUUUCCAUCUGCCGGACGUAUUGCACCAUGAGCUGCGAGCAGAACUAUCCGUUCCCACAGGUGUUUCUCGUGGAUGAAGAUGGAGGGCCACAGCCUCCAAGUCUGGUGCCCUGCUGGUCCUUCCCACCAGCCCAGGAUGAGCGGAGGAGAAAGAGAAAGAGCGUGGGCUUCUUUGGAGUCAGUCACAGUCUGGCCGUGGUUGUCCUCUUCUUGUUUCUGCUGGUGUUUGCAGCCCUGGGAUUUGGAGCCCUGCUGAUACAAAACAUGCAAAACGAACUGCAUGACAUAAGAAAUAGGACGAAUGUCGAGGAGGAGCAUCACUCAGCGCAGAAGCAAAUUGGUUUCCAUAUGCCUGAGAAGAAUGACAUCGACACAUACACCAGACCUGCAGCGCACGUUAUUGGCCGUAUUCAUAAAGACGCAUCCCAUAAGACCUUGCGAUGGGAGCCCCGGGUGGGCCGGGCAUUCACGGCUGGGGGUGUGGCUUACCGGCCAGAAGAUGGCGCCCUGCAAAUCAAUGAGACGGGGUUGUACCACAUCUACUCACGGGUGGAGCUGAUCUUCAAGCAGUGUUCCCCUACAGCUUCAUUUGUUCACUCUGUGUUUGUACGGAGAGCGGGGAACCCUUCAUCUUUGAUCCUGAUGGAGGCUCACAGAGCCAGAUUCUGCUCUCAGCAGCAGGCGCACAUCUGGACAUCGGAGAGCUACCUGGGCUCAGCCCUGCCGCUCCAGAAACUGGACAGAGUAUUUGUGAAUGUGUCCCAUCCACUUUAUCUCAGUCAUGGACAUUAUUCUAACUUUUUUGGUCUUUACAAGAUCUAACAAUUAAUGGAGUUUAUUUUUUGUUGUUGUUGUUGUUGUUUUUGUUUUUUUGUUUGUUUGUUUUUUGGUCUUGUGAGUAAUUUUCUUGAAUGAAUGUAAAGAAUCGGAGUUAGGAUCUUUGUCAUCCGUGUGUAAAAGGACGUCUAUGAGGCAGGACUAGUGACUGCGCUGCUACUGGGCGGUGACCUGAUGAAAAGCAUUAUGACAUCAUGACUCGUACACAGAAACAGUUCUUGUGCCUUCAGCUGAUCAUUCCAGUUAACACUAAGCUGCUGGUUUUAUUGUAUCAUUUUUAAGUAUUUAUUCAGGUGUCGGUCCAUCACUGCGGAUGUGUAAAUGUGUGCUUAUGC